AAUAUUACAAGCUGUUCACAGUGAUCUUCAUACACGUAUUAACACCGACGAACGGGAAAGAAACGCAUAGUAUUUUUUUGGAAGUGACACAGCAACUCUAAAAAAAAUAUUAAAAAAUGUUUCGGAACCAGUAUGACAGCGAUGUUACUGUGUGGAGCCCACAAGGCCGGCUGCAUCAAGUCGAGUACGCUAUGGAGGCGGUCAAACUCGGUUCGGCCACAGUUGGUCUCAAAAACAAGGAUUAUGCGGUUCUUAUCGCACUGAAACGAGCCUCUUCUGAAUUGUCAUCGUAUCAGAAGAAAAUCAUUCCGAUAGAUGACCACCUAGGCAUUUCUAUUGCCGGCAUUACUGCCGAUGCGCGUAUAUUGAGCCGCUACAUGCGUCAAGAGUGUCUCAAUUACAAAUAUUCUUACGACGAUCACUAUCCAGUGGGUCGGUUGAUUGCCAAUUUAGGCAAUAAAAUGCAGGUUUGCACUCAGCGGUACGAUAGGCGUCCGUACGGUGUCGGACUGUUGGUGGCUGGAUACGAUGACCAAGGUCCGCAUAUCUAUCAAACUUGCCCAAGCGCUAACUUUUUCGAUUGUAAAGCAAUGUCCAUUGGAUCCCGUUCGCAAAGCGCUAGAACCUAUCUAGAGAAGCAUUUAAGUCAGUUUCCUGAUUGUAGCAAGGAGGAAUUAAUUCGUCACGGUGUUCAAGCGUUACAGGAUACUUUACCCAAUGAGGUGGAACUGAACAACAAGAACAUUUCGAUUGCAAUUGUUGGGAAAGACGAAAAUUUCCACAUACUGGAAGAGAACGAUAAUGCUCAAUACUUGACCAAUAUUGUGCGACGUGGUGGGGGAGGUGGAAUUCAGGCUUCGUCCAGUGGCGGACAACCACCGGCCGACGAUGAUCAGCCACAACCCCCAAACGAACCGACGGAUCCGAUCCCAGCAGUUGCGAUGGAAACAUAGAGCGGAAUACCUCCAUCGCCAAAAUAAACGAUGAACCCAGAUCGGUUAACAUUCACUAUACAGUCGGUCAUCGUAACAUUUUUUUCGCAUAUAACCCGUAUCUCGAUUUUCGGGGAUCAAUUAUUUAGGGUGGGAGUUUGAAAAACAAAACGUUUUUCAAACUCCCACCCGAAUUUAAAUAAAACACCCGAAUGAUUGCUGCUUUUUAUCGUUUACCAGGGGUCAUUUCGAAGCUAUAUUGUUUGAAAACUCAAAUGAAUAUAUAACCUACCGCUUAUCAAGAA